UUAUUCUGUCUGGUGUAGGUGAGUGCUUUGGAAAGAGUCGCUAGGUUGAAGUGUUCUUGCUGGAUUAAGAGAGCAUGAACCUGACUCCCCCAGCAAGUUCUGGGAUUGACCCUUCGGCUAUCGCCCGCCACCAGACCGGCUCGAUCACCUGGUGCAGAGCUUGGACUCCGUGCCCGCCUUGUCAAACCGUCGGACCGUCAAACGAUCGUACUGAUAUUUGAUACAACUGGAUUUUUUGGUUGCUGAAAAAUAAACAUUAUGACUAUUUACAUCAAGGUAUUUACAUCUUCACUGAUAUCCUGCUUGCUGCUCUUAUCUAUGUCAAGCCCUGAAGCUCAUAAUUACCAAAGGAAACAGGGACAGGGAGCAUCUCCUUUAUUCGCGUUCCAGGGCAAUCCUCCAGGAGGAAACAUGGCUCCUCUACACACCACACACAGGGAAGGCCCAGUCCUGUCUGCAGCCCCUGCCUUUUCCUUCCGACGGCAGGUUGACCCAGAAAUGCUCGAGCAGUCCAGAGCUGCACAGAGGCUGGAGUGGACUCUGUGGGACUUAAAGGACCGAGUGAAGCACAGACGCACACGAGACACCAGGGCCUCAGAGCUUCCUACAUUAAAGGAAGUGGAGCUUGUUAUGAACCUGUCAGGGUGCCACCGUCCAAUUCCAAAAAAUUCAUGUCCCACGGACAGGCAUUCCAGAAAGUACCGCACCAUCUCUGGAGUGUGCAACAACAGGGAUCACCCUUUCUGGGGCGCGGCUAACACCGCCCUGGCCAGAUGGCUGCUGCCGGAGUACGAGGACGGAGAGCGGUCCCCCCGGGGCUGGCACAGCGGGCGCCUCUACCACAGCUUCCCCCUGCCCCCGGUCAGGGAAGUCAGCAACGUGAUAAUGCGCGACUCUGGCGGGGGCCUGCUCGAGGAUGAGACUUACUCCCAGAUGCUGGUGGACUGGGGCCAGUACGUGGACCACGACAUCUCCUUCACCCUGCAGAGCGCUAACCAAGCAACCGCGCAGCCAGCCUGCUCUGGCACCUGUGAAAACACUAAUCUCUGCUUCCCUAUCCAGGUUCCACAUGAUGACCGGCUGUCAGGUCAGCGGAAGUGUUUACCAUUCAUUCGCUCUUCCCCGGCAUGCCCGUCCAGCACUGAUGAUGUAAACACCCUGCUUCACAAGCUUCGCACGGGUCUGGCACGGGAGCAGGCCAAUGGAAUCACCUCCUUCCUGGAUGCCUCCACGGUGUACGGCAGUAGCUCCACCCUGGAGCUCCGUCUCCGCGACCCGUCCAGCCAGUCUGGAGGCCUCACCGUCAACCCUCACUUCACAGACCAUGGCCGAGCACAUCUGCCAUUCGUCCCCAACCCUCCCCAUGCCUGCCUUCCAGACCCAGGGGGACCACCAGGCGAGAGGGGAGAGUGCUUCCUCGCAGGAGAUAGCCGGGUUAAUGAGGUCCUCUCUCUCUCCGCCCUCCACACACUGUGGGUGCGAGAACACAACCGUCUAGGCCAUGUCCUGAAAUCACUCAAUCCUCAUUGGAGCACUGAGACCACUUACCAGGAGACCCGCAAGAUAAUUGGAGCUCUGCACCAGAUCAUAACCUACAGGGACUAUAUUCCUAAAGUCCUUGGACCUGAGGCUUUCACUCAGUACGUUGGCACGUACAGAGGUUACAACAGUUUGGUCAACCCGGCAGUCUCUAACGUUUUUGCCACAGCAGCGUUCAGGUUUGGGCAUGCAACAGUUUCACCCGUGCUGAGGAGGCUGAACGAGAGCUUCCAGGAGCAUGACCUGUACCCCUCUCUGAGCCUCCAUCAGUCUUUCUUCAGUCCCUGGAGACUGCUGAGAGAAGGGGGGCUGGACCCGGUUCUGAGAGGCAUGCUGGGAAAGCCAGCCAUGGCAGUGACCCCCGACCACCUGAUGACCCCUGAGCUCACCCAGAGGCUGCUGGUCCUGUCCAGUCCUGGGUCUCUGGAUUUGACAGCUUUAAACCUACAGCGAGGUCGCGACCAUGGGCUUGCAGGUUACAAUGACUGGAGAGCAUUCUGUGGACUGGAAAGAGUGGAAACCCUCACUGAAAUCAGAUCAAUUAUAAGUGACCCUGCUUUGGUGAAGAAGAUCAUGGAUCUGUACGGUCACCCAAGUAACAUAGAUGUUUGGCUUGGUGGGCUGCUGGAGGACCACGUGCCUGGUGGCAGAACUGGCCCUCUUUUUGCCUGCUUGAUUGGCAAACAGAUGAAAGUGCUGCGUGAUGGAGACAGAUUCUGGUGGGAGAACAAUGGAGUUUUUACACAGGCACAGAAACGGGAACUCAAAAGACACUCACUGUCCCGGGUGAUUUGUGACAACAGCGGAGUCAGAGAGGUUCCCCCUGACCCCUUCCAAAAAGCACACUACCCACAUGACUUCCUGUCAUGUGACAACAUCCCGGCAAUGAACCUGGAGGCAUGGCGUGAUGGUGUCAGCAAAGCUUGCAGUGAUUACAAGGAACCAUAAAAGGACAGGGUAAUGGCUCCCAGAUAGCCUUCAACAUUGAAAACAUACUGUGGAAUUUCAAUG